AUGCAGCUUCUGAAAAGGAAAAAAGCCGAUCCGAGCUUUGUCAUCAGCAUCGAGAGUGGCGUUGAGGAGGUUCGAGAAGUUAAGGUGCAUCAAGAAUGUGACUAUCUGGUCGAUGUGCUCACCGGCAAGCGUUCAGUAGUGUCACCCGAUUUCUGCUGCAAGAUGCUGUACAUGAUCUUCUGCACGUGCUUCACGAACGAGUCGAACCAGCGUAAGACGGGCACGACCGUAAUGGCUCGAUCCGUUGCCAGCAGCUCCACCACCAUCACGCAGCGACUCCUAACCUAUCAAAACAUAUGA